UUUCGGGGUCAUCUAUCAACAACAAAUGAGCAAUGGCAGCCUACAUGGAUAUGCAUGUGUGCAGGAGCUCAUCCUGAUAACAAUCUAGACAAACUACAUAAUAUAACUAUAGAUUGUAUCUAAAUGUUCUGUAGUUUUGUUUAAAUGUUGUUUUGCUAGUUUAGGUUUCAUAUACCGAGACAUCUUAGACACCAAGAGAAGCAUUUAGUCAACCAGUCACGUAACCAAUAACUUGCUAAAAACUGAUAGAUCAUAUAUUGUCAUUGCAUAUUUGUUUUGCAAAUAUGAAACCUAAAGGGAAAUUGAAGAAAAGGGGAAAGAAAGACACAGGUAAAUUACUGAAGUACAUGGAAUUAGUCGACGAAUUUGUUCAAAGUAAAAGUGGCGGAUGUGAUGACACUGAAGAUACUCGUGGGGUAAGGUUUGUGAAGAAGAAAAGUCGAAAAGAACUGCGCAAAGAAAAGCGAAAGUUGAAAAAGACAAAGAUUAAAAAUCACUAUGAAGGCUACAAGCACCUGAAAUCGGACAAUGAAGACAUCACAACCCCAUCUAACAAACCACAGCUAAAGAAGAAGGCAACAGAGAAAGCAACAAAAGAAUCUCCGGCUCAGAAACCCAAGCCUCAGGUUGAAGACACAGUAAAGAAGCAAGACCCUGCUAAAACGAAACCUCAGCGUAACCCAGCCUCCAAGAAAGGAAAAAAGAAGAACAAGCUACAAGAAUCUAGAAAAAAGGCUCUUUUGGAAGCAAAUGUAGUUGAGGACAGAGAAAUUAAAAAGUUAGAAAAAUGUCUUGGCUUCAACAAGAGGAAAAACAAAAAGAGUCUGCCCCAGUCGUUCACAGUUGAUGGUCUUGAUUACAUCCUAGGUGUGCUGGAUGCAGGGUCGUCAGCAACUGGGAUGUAUGACAGCGAUGAUGACAUGGACAAGGCCAAAGACAACUUUGAGAAGCUGAAUGGCAGCGACUCUGAAAUGUCUGGUGAGGAAGAAGACAAGGGAGAUGAUUCUGACAGUGAAAACAGUCAACAAGAAAGUGACGAGGACCUUGAUAUCAUUGAUGAGGAGGCUGAGGAUGAACAAGAAGAUGGAUUAGAGGAAGAAGAGGAAGAAAAGGAUGAUAAGAUGGAGGUGGUGGAGGAUGAUGGAAUGCACGAGAAUUCUGGCUCAGAUGCUGAGGAGGAAAGAGAGGAGGAAGGGGAAUCAGGCAGUGAAGUAAAAGCACCAGGACCAAAAGACGAAAAUACUGCCUCUCUGGCAGGGAAAUAUGUGCCACCUCACCUGAGAGACUCUGGAGAUGAAAAGCGUAAAGUUGAACUUCAACGACUGAAGAGGAAUGUUAAAGGACUGGUGAACAGGCUCAGUGAAGCCAACAUGGCGUCCAUUUGCAGCCAGCUGGAGGAGCUGUACAUGAGCUCCAGUAGGAAGGACAUGAACGACACCUUGACAGAGGUGCUUCUGGCAGCCUGCGCCAGCCCAGCCCUGCUCCCCGACCGGCUCGUAAUGGAGCAUGUCCUGCUCGUCAGUGUUCUGCAUCACACCGUGGGACUGGAGAUUGGAGCUCAUUUUCUGGAAACGGUAGUGAGGAAGUUUGACGAAAUGUACAAGACCCCAAGCGAGGGCAAGGAGUCUGCCAACCUGGUUGCCAUCGUGGCACACCUCUACAACUUCCAGGUGGUCCACGCCAUGCUCAUCUUCGACGUCCUCAAGCUGCUGGGGGAGUCCUUCACGGAGAAGGACAUCGAGCUGAUGCUGUUUGUGCUGAGGAACGUGGGAUUUUCCCUGCGCAAGGAUGACGCCACGGCUCUCAAGGAGCUCAUCAACGAGGCCCAGCGCAAGGCCAGUGACGUGGGGACAAAGUUCCAGGAUCAAACCAGGGUACGUUUCAUGUUGGAGACCAUGCUGGCUCUGAAGAACAACAACAUGCGGAAGAUUCCAGGCUAUGACCCAGAGCCUGUAGAGAGACUAAGGAAGCUGCAGAAGACUCUGAUCCAUCAGAGCGUGGGGGGCACUGACGUGAAGCUGAGGGUCUCCCUGGAGAACCUCCUGGCAGCAGACCAGGUUGGCCGCUGGUGGAUCGUGGGCUCGUGCUGGACUGGAGCCCCCAUGAUAGGGGCCCGGGACAGCCAGGACCCCAAACAGCCCACUGCAGAGGGAAAGUUCAGCGCCAAGGUUUUGGAUCAAGCCCGCAAACAGAGAAUGAACACAGAGAUCAGGAGGAACAUCUUCUGUGUGAUCAUGACCAGCGAGGACUACAUGGAUGCCUUUGAGAAACUGUUGAGAAUGGGUCUGAAGGGUCAGCAGGAGAGAGAGAUAGUCCAUGUGCUGAUGGACUGCUGUCUGCAGGAGAAGACCUUCAAUGCCUUUUACGUUGUGCUGGGGGAGAAGUUCUGCACACACGACAGACGGUUCCAGAUGACCUUCCAGUUCAGCCUCUGGGACAAGUUCAAAGACCUCGACAGCCUACACAGCAGCACAUUCAGCAACCUGGUUCAGCUGGUCACACACUUCCUGCAGAAGAAGUGCCUCUCCCUCUCCAUACUCAAGGUGAUAGAAUUUGGGGAGCUGGACAAACCAAAGGUCCGCUUCUUGCGUCAGGUGCUGACUAAACUCCUCAAAGAAACUGAGCCGGAAGUUCUCGAGAGCAUAUUUGGACGGAUUUCGGGAAUUCCCAAGCUUGGAAUGCUGAGGGAGGGCUUGAAGCUUUUCAUCAGCCACUUCCUCCUGAAGAACGCCCCGUCACAGAGCCCAGCUGAACAAGCAGCGCUGCUGUCCGAGAGAGCCCGGGUCGCCACUAAGGCCAUGGAGGCCAGAGAGGCCAAACUUAAACUGUAAAACACACACACAGGGAGCUCCACGGGAACAAAUGAGGCCUGUAAGAAGGAAACUACAAAUAACGAGAGGGCUUGAGGACAUGAAUACAUUUAAAGAGGUGUGGACUGAAUAAGAUAACAUUGACACUGGAUGGUUGUUGUAUUCUUAUCCACUAAUACCAUGAUAGAAGGUGUCAGUCAGAUAUGAGUAUACAAUUCUGUACUGCAAUCGAUUAGUACAGUAAUUGCUGUGUAUGCAUAUCUGUUCAUGCAUGUUCAUCUGAAAGUUGAGUUGAACUCUGUUUUAUCAUUUGCCAAUGGUAGUAGAAUUAUAUUAAUACCUUUUUGAAAAAAUGUAUUAUGAUUUUGGAAAUGGCAUUUAUAAACUUCCGCCAUC